AUUAUAAUAGAAUCUUUUGAAAACAAAUACAAUAUGAACAUGGAGAAAUAUGAUAAAAAUAUGUCUAAAAGUAAUAGCAAAGUUGGUCAAUCUUCAUCUUCGGAUGAAAAUACAAGUUUAGCGGAUUUUAAAUCUCCUAAAGUAAAAAAAAUCAGAACGUUGCAACAGUUCAACUUCAAAAUAGAAACAAAUAAAAAGAAAGAUAAAAAGUUAAAGAGCAAGUCGAAUAAAGGUUUAAAUACAAAAGCGAGUACUAGUAAUCAAUUAAACAAAAAUAUUUUCCAAGUUUCUAAGCAAACAGAAUCUAGUAUGUCUAUGGAAAACAAAGAACCUGAAACACUUUCAAAUAGCGUGAAGAGUUUAUACAUGUGUCCAUUGUGUUUUAAAUCUUUUAAGGAUACAAAUACCAAAACACUUCAUAUGAAAACCUGUGCAUCUAAAAAUAAUGUUUCUACGAAUAAAUUAUUACAAGCUAUAGAAUUACAAGAACGUCAAUCUGCAGAAAGAGCCUCUCUCGGAUUACCUACUGCACCCGUAUUUAAAAAUAAAAAACAGACUACUAUAAAUAGAAAGGUUCCAUCAGAAGAUCGUCAACUGGAGCUUGCUCUUGUACUUUCUAAAUCCCUCUAUGAAGUUGAAGAAGCUGGAUGUUUCUAUGAAGUUGAAGAAGCAGGAUGUUCUUAUGAAAUUGAAAAAGCAGGAUGUUCCUAUGAAGUUGAAAAAACUAUAAAAUCCAAUGAAGUAGAGACUGUAGUAGAAAUAUGUCCGUCAAAAAAUUCUAUUAUGGAGCUUAAGGACAAAGGUCCAAUAGAAACUAGUCGAAAUCAAAAGAAAAAAAAAUCAAACUUUGUAACAGUUUUACAAACUCGUACAAAAGAAGACAGGGAUCGUUUAAUAACUGAAAAAUUAGUUGAAAUUUUAGUAAAUAAUCAGACAUUUAACCAGAGCCAACAACAACAAGAAACUGAACGUGAAGAUUUUAAAAAAAAUUUGAAAAGCCGUCUCCUUAAAAAAUGCUUGGAUUUUGAUAGUAAAUUAUGGAAUUCAGCAAUGUUACAGCAAAAGCAAGAAGAUUUCUACGUUAUGAGUUUAUCACCAUAUGUUGUUCCAAGUACAAAACAAAUAUUUAUGGAAAUUGAAAAUGAUAAUCACCAAUCUAUGAUUAUCGAAAAUAACGAUAUUACAAAUGAGACAGAAUCAAAAGAUUUAUUGCCAACAACAUCUGAUUUGUGUUUGAAUAAAAAGGAAAGCACGAAUAUAUCACCAAAAUCGGAUGUAAAAUUAUCUUCAAAAACAGAAAAAGAAAAUAUUAGCAUACAAUCGUCUAUUAAUACUUUAAUACUUGAUUGGGGAAAUGCACUAAACAAUAGUUCAUCAAGUGAUACAAUAAUAUUUGUUAAUGAUGGCAAACAUAUUUGGGUACAUAAAUUGGUGUUUUAUAUACGAUGUUCUAAUAUUUUACUCGAUAUAACACCAAAUAAUAAUACAACUUAUUCGGUUAAAGAAAUGAUUAAAUGGGCCGACAUAAAAUAUGACAUUGCUUUGGCAUUUUUGGAAUUUAUUUAUUGUGGUAUUAUUAAAAAGUAUGCGAUUACUUUGACUGACAAGAUUGCCAUGUCUUCGCUAGGAAGUUUAGCAAGAAAAUAUAAAGUCAAAGAAUUAUUUACUUAUUUACGUCAUGAAUGUGCUGUUUUGCAUGAUAAAACUUCAGAAAAUUAUGAAUUUGAACUAGACGAUCUUGAUAUACAAGAAGUUUGUAAUAAUGAAGAUGUUAAUUGUGUUAAUCAAAGUAGUCCUAAUAUUUCCCAACUGGAUAUCUCGCAUGAAGAACUGUUAAAAGCAAUUAUGACGUCUCCGAAAAAGAAUACCAAAUUUGAUUCACAUUUGGAUAGAGAAAACAGUAUGUCUCCAGAUAUAUUCAAUGAUACGAAUGAUGAUGUUCAAGUAAAUAAUACAAAUGUGGAUAAUUUAAAUAAAAACCUUGAUAUAUUGUUAAGUCCAAUUCAAAGUAAUUCAGAAAUGAAUACAAAUGAAAACUUUUCUUUAUUAAUAAACAAAAGUCGGUCUCCUAUCGAUGAAUGUGUACUUAAUGAACCAUUAACACAAAUUUCAAGAAAUAGUCCAUUAAAAGAGGUUUCAGAUAUAAUAACAAAAAAAAUUAAAUCUACAAGAAAUCUAAUGUCAUAUAUUGAAGAAAUCCGAAGAGAAAAUGAUAUAAUAGAUUUUACUCCAGAUCCUGAGAGAGACUAUCAGGCUAGUUUCAUUGAAUUUAAUGGAAAUCCAUUUGUGAAGAAGAGGUAUGGCAUUGAAGAUCAUAUUUCUUCAAAACAAGAAGAAAAGACAGGUUUCUUGACUUUUCUUGAAAAUAAUAUGCAGAAUGAUGCUAAUGAAAAUCCACAGUCAGACAAAUUUAGAAUAGAUCUUACACGUACUUCACCUACUGAACAUAAUCAUACAGAUUUAUUAUCAUCAACAAAAGAAAUUGAAAGUAGUUUUACAUAUAAUAGUGAUAAACAUUUAUUACAGAAAGAAACUUUAAAUUCACAGGUCAAUAGUACUUUUAUAAAUGCAUCAUGCAAUUCUAGUAAUAAAAUGGAUACAGAUGAUGAUCCAGAUGUGCAUACAAAAAAUAAAAGAAAACUUGAUGAUAAUAACGAUAAUGCUACAUGUCUAUCUGCUUCGAAAAAACAUAAAAAUGAUACGACUAAAAUAGAAAUUUAUGAAAUAAAAAAUACUAAAGCCAUUGCAUCAAAUUCUGAUGAAGUUGAAAAUGAAGUAGAAAUUUGUGCUAUUGUUAAAAAUCAAAAUAGCUAUCAAGAUAAAGACAAUUUUAAUGAACAAGAAACAGAUCUUUGGAACUAUGAUUAUUCAGAGAUUUUGAAUGUAGUUUUUCCUGAAAUAUCUGAUAUUAAAAAUAAACAUGUAAGUCCCUUAAAAUCAACAACUCCAAAUUCAAUUGUUCUAUCUUCUAGUUCAGAGGUGAGCUUAGAUAGUCAAGAUAUCAAUGAUUUCAACAGAAAUGAGAACAUAUCUGUUGUACGUUCAAAUUUACAUGACUCCGAUGAGGAAUUUCGCUAUAAUUUGUCGAAUGAUAUAAAUUUUUCAAACAUUAAUAUCGAUGAUAAAAUAAAACAUAUUGUACUAUUAGAUAAAAAUGCAUUGCACGUUAUUUCAAGAAAAAAAAUAUUAAAAAGAAAAUGGAAAUCUGAAGAAAAUUUACGAAUGAAUUAUAUGACUGAAGAGAAUGAUCAAAAUAACAAAGAAAAUAAUAACAAAUUGUUUAUAACAAAUAAAUUAUUUACUAUUACAGAAAACGAUGAUACUUCACCGCCAAAUUAUAAUAUUAUGAAUACUCCUGAGCAUCAUAAAGAGAUGGAAAAAUAUGGAUUAAAGAACCAAAGUCGUAAUAAAACUAUUAAACUAUUAACGUAUAUUUAUAAUGAGUUACAUCCUACUAUUGAUUUAUGUGAAACAAUGAACACUAACACACAAAAAAUAAAUAAUGCAUAUGAAAAAUCACAAAAAAAGAGACAAAAUGCAGAUAUUAGUUCAUCGGAUGAAGACAAUAACACCGAAUAUGAAUGCAGUACAACUCUAUUAAAAAAAUGGGACUCAAAUUAUGAUAAAAGAAUAGAAUCUUCGGGAAAAUCUUUAUAUAUGAUUGAAAAUUUCGUUAAAUUAGAUGAUUGUGUUAAUAUGAAAGAAGCAUUUGCGAAAUUAAUGGAAUUUAAUAAAGAUCUACAUAAUAAAAUUUUGCAAUAUGAGCCAUUAAAUGUAAAAUGGUUGUAUCAGUUGUUGAAAACAAGUGGUUUCAAAUGCAAAAUUAAUGAUGUUAUCGAUUUUCUGGAUGAACAGUGUAUCACAUUUAAUAUACCUGAAAAUAAAAUGAGAAACAGAAGUAGAAAAUAAGAAAAUUUUAAUGGAUUUUAAUAGAAAUUAAAGUAU